AUGGGAGAAAAUUACAAUCUAUCAAAUAUUCUUAUUUGUGGCUCGCCUCGUGUUGGUAAGAGUAGUCUUAUCAAUGCUAUCUGUCGAAAAGAACUUUCAAAUUCCAACACAAGUUUAAAUUCUUCUACAAAAAGUAUCCAUAAGUAUUCGGCUCGAACUGUCAUUGGUCACAUAACUCAUGAGACCAACUUCUGGGACACACCAGGCAUUGAAUCUUGGAACGAGAAUGAUGUUCGUAAUUAUAUGGCAUCAUUAAUCGAAGAAACUCAUCCGUUAUGUAUGAUUUAUUGUGCAUCACCUGGCUCAUUUGCCGUAUUAGAUCAUGUUACUUGGAUGGUCUCUGAAUGUCAUCGGAAAAAUAUUUUCUGUACACUUGUCUGUACAAAUAUGUGGGCUGGUCGUAAUCGACAGAAUAUUGUAAAUGAAUUUUGUAAAUUAUUGAAAACUGUUCAUCCACAAAUCAAGCCAACUGAAGAAGAUGGUAUUAUCUAUUACGAUCGAGUUGCUCUCGUUACAAUGGUUAAUAGUACACAGCAUGUUGAUGAAGAUUUCGGUGUUACAAAACCACCAUCGGGUGUCAAUGAACUUAUUUUUGGUAUUGCUAAAUGUCUUGAACGAGAUUUUAUGUUUGCAUGGCUUCGAACAGUAUCUGAAAAUAAAUCAUUUUGGACGACAAUGUCAUCGAAAUUAUGCAAUCUUUUCAAAGUACCAUACGAGAAAUUCAAUAAUCUAUAUGAACGCGUCGAAAAUUUUCUCGAUCUACUAAUUGGUGCUCCUGACUUUAAUUACGACGAAUAUACGUUUUUACCUUUGGAUUCUCGAAUGAGUAUCGAUCAUAAUGCUCAAUCAAUGUCAAGAACAGCUACGGUGAAUUUAAAAAGUAGAAUUUGUACAUAG